AUGGCACCCAAGAAGGUCUCCAAGGCUCAGGCCAAGUCCGAGUCGAGCAACAACAGCAGCUCCGGACGUGUCCUCGCCAUCACCGCCGUAGACGGCUUCACCGGCAGCGCUGUCCUCGAGCUCCUCAUGUCGGACAACUCUUACAAGGGCAAGAUCACCAAGAUCAUCGGCUUGACGUUUGGCGAGCCCAAGGAGGACACCAAGGCUGUUCUCGACGAGUACGGCGUCGAGACCGCCCUCGUGGACGAGAUGGACGAGGACAAGCUCAAGGAACUCGGCGUCGAUACCCUCUGCCUCAUCCCGCCCGCUCGCAAGGACAAGGCCAAGCUCGUCAAGCAGAUCCUCGAGCUCGGCAAGAAGUCCAAGUCGGUCAAGAACCUCGUCUUCCUCUCGUCCGCCGGCUGCGACUACGCCGAGCGCGACAAGCAGCCGCACCUCCGCGAGUUCAUCGACCUCGAGGUCCUCGCCAUGGCGCCCAAGAGCGACGAGUCGACCGGCGAGACCGGCCACUCGCCUUGCAUCGUUCGCGCCGGCUUCUACUGCGAGAACCUUCUUCUCUACUCGAAGCAAGCGCAGGGCGAGGGCAAGCUCCCUCUUCCCGUCGACCCGCACCACAAGUUCGCGCCCGUCUCGCUCGGCGACGUCGCCCUCCUCCUCGCCAAGAUCCUCACCUCCGAGGGCGAGCACGGUCUCUCCGACGACGUUCGCGGGCAGAUGAUCCCUCUCACGGGUCCUCAGAUGGUCGCUGGCCCCGAACUCGCCGAGGCCGCGUCGCAGGCGCUCGGGACCAAGAUGGAGUUCCAGAGUGUCAAGGAGAGUGAGGCGAAGAAGAUCUUGUCGAGCGAGCAGGGCGAGGAGAUUGACGAGGCCGAGAAGGCGUACAUCCUCGAGUACUACUCCCUCGUCCGCGAGGGCAAGACGAACUACGUCGCCGGCCGCCCGACCUUCAAGCAGAUCACCGGCCAGGACCUCACCCUCCCCGCCGCCUUCUUUGAGAGCUACCAGGACUCGUUCAAGCGCAAGAGGAGGCGUACGACCAAGGACGAGUAA